AGUACUACACUUCUCCGUCUCUUUCUGCCUCGGUCCCUCUGUCUCUGUCUCCAUAAUCUCUCUCGACUCUUCUCUCCGUGAUUUACCUCUUUUAUCCUUGAUUCCGAAUACGUUUUUUUUUUUUAUUUUUUAUUAGAGAGGAGGUUUUUUUUUUUUGCCGUUUUGUGGGGGUGCUGACGUGGCAUGUACCCGAAACGGCAGCAUGAAUACCAAAACGAUGCGCCUCCCGCCCCGUCGCGUUCUGACGCCCAAUGCCUUAGAUAGAAAGCGCAAAGAGAGAGACGGAUUCGACGAAUUCAAGCCUUCGACGACGACGACGACGAAGAAAUUGUUCAAGCCGGACGCGCCUGAGGAAGAGCCGAUCUCGUUUAAUCGAAAUCGAUUACUGGCCGGGUACCUGGCCCACGAAUACCUCACGCGAGGUACGCUGUUGGGUCGGCCGUGGGAUCCGGUUCAAGACGAGGCUGUUCCGGUGUCGAACAGAGGGAAUCCGAACGAGAACGGCGAAGCCGAGGAGCGGCGGCGACGAGGACGACGACAGGUGGAAGAUUACGAGAGAUACGUGGAAGUAGUGAAUUUGCUCAAGACGGAUGGGGCCCACGUGCCGGGCAUUGUGAACCCCACUCAACUCGCUUCCUUCUUACAGAUGUGAUCACGUGGAAGGAUUCCAUUGAAAAACAGAGCCAUUUAUAAAGGACCAGACUCAUUGAAUUGUGUGUACGAAGUUGUUGGCUGAUGUUGAAGACCACAUUGUCACCCACCGACAUGUGUAUGUAUUUCUUCUUCUUCUUCUUCUUUUUUUUCCUGAAAUAUGUGUAUGUAACUCGCUCUUUCGAUUAAUUUUGGACCCUCUGUGUUUGUGGGUUGUUGGAGAUAUGAGAAGGUGCAAUUGAUGGGUGGCUUUCCGUAAGAUAAGGAAAAAGCCAGGAAAGUAAUUAUCUUCAAGCUCAAUGUUUUAG